AUGCCUGAUUCUUUGAUCCGUGAUUCAAAGCCGCCUGAAAAAAUCGCAAAAUUCAUCGGAAAGAUAGCCAAUAGCGAACAAGCAGAUCCUUUCGCACCGACGGAGCGGAUAUUGGCCAAUGCUCCUGACCAGCCAGAAAUAGAUGAUGAUGGCCAAUGUACACCUGGAUUUGGGGACCUAGAACUGGAAUACAUUAGCCAUUCUGGCGUUCUGAGUCGUGAAGGUUGCUCUGAUCUCAAUUCACUCGGUGAUACAGACAAUCUAUCGUUGAAUUUAGAUAUCAACACUGCAAUUUCCGACCCAGAAGAGAUUUAUUUCGGCAUGCUGCCUGGGCUCCCAGUGCGCUUUAACAAGGGUGUUGACCCUCUCAUGAUUACGAAGGAUUCCCAGGUCGAUCCAGGCAGCACAGAACUUCAUCUCACCUUUCUCGAAUCCUACUGCGAGAUCAAGGCAUGUUCGGGAGGUCCUUUAGGAGUGCUGAAUACGGCUUCUUUUCGCCAACUCUCCGGGUUACCACCAGAGAUCAAAAUCAGGCUUACGGGUCAGUUGAGCCUCGCGAACUCAUCACAUGAAGGCAAUAAUUCUAAAGACAAUGAUUCGCCAAGACUCCGUUCGCUAGAUGUCCUCGUUUUUGGGUUCAGAUCUCAGGCGAAGAUAGCUGCUGCGAAGCUGGCGGCGAACGGUAUAUAUUUACAGGAACCAGAUCAGGUGCCUUGGGGGUAUGUGUAUGAGAACCCACAAUAUCUUGAUCUCCCAGUCCUCCCACAAUCCGAUGAAGGCUCGGCCAAUAUAAUUUCCGAUACUCGAACAGCAGGAGUGCUUCACGCACAAUCAGUUGAGAGUGAGACCGACCUUGACUUCGACAAGAUGCUUGGUACAUUUGCAUGCCACAAUGGGCUGGGACAAGCAACAGCUGUUGGGCAAGUCUCGAACACACUGUUCAGUCAUCAGAAGGAAGGGCUUGACUUCAUUCAGCAGCGGGAGUCUGGUUCAGUGCCUGCUUCGCGUGCCCUCUGGGAGCAGGUACAAGACAAGAUGGCCAGCGAUGGGCCUUUAAUGUUUCGACAUAUCAUUACCGGUGCAAUAAAUACAAAAAGACAGGAAUGCCUUGGUGGACUGAUAGCUGACGAGAUGGGCCUUGGUAAAUCCCUGACUAUGCUUUCAGGCAUUGUUGGCUCAUUGGAUCAAGCUAUACGCUACGCAAAAAGCGUGACCAAGAUAGGGACCUCUGCAAACGACAUAAUCGCCGCAAAGUCUACCUUGAUUCUCGUUCCCUCACACCUUUUGAUUGAUACAUGGAUAGAUGAAAUCCACAACCGUAUCACGCCUGGUGGGCUUUCGUAUUAUGUUUUCCACGGUUCCGGACGAAAGAUCGCAUAUCCCCUAUUGCUGACGCAUGACAUUGUCUUCACGACAUACGGGACUGUGACAGCCGAAUACACUCGUAACCGCAGUCUCCUACAUCAUAUUCAUUGGUAUCGUAUCGUACUGGACGAAGCACAUAUGAUCCGUAACGCUGCAACUAAGCAGUUUGGAGCUGUAAACGCACUCCAAGCACUACUGCGCUGGUGCUUGACAGGAACGCCUAUUCAGAAUUCUCUCGAUGAUCUUGGUUCACUGACAACAUUCUUGAAAGUGCCGAUACUGGAAAAUACCGCUCAAUUCAAACGACACAUCGUGAACCCAAUCGAGCAUAAGAAAGAAAGAUCACGAAAAGACCACACAGGUCUCCGUACCCUUCUCACUUCUAUAUGCCUGCGAAGGACCACAGCUGUAUUGCCUCUAAGCGACGUUACCGAAGUGACCGAAUUGAAACGCAUCAUAACCUUCACUUCGAGUGAGCGAGCUCAAUAUGCUCAGAUUGAGAGGCUAUUCAAGAAGGCACUGGAUUCAGAAGUAAACGGAGGGAAAAUCGCACGUUGCCAUCAGAAAUUUCUGGAAUUUCUCCUUCUUCUAAGGUUAUUUUGCAACAACGGUAGCACUCGUGAACAGUCCGGAGAUCAGGGCGGACGUACAUUGAAGAGCACUGAGGAAACUCUCAGUCUCAUCCAGCAGCAAGGUCGGGAAGAAUGCUAUUUUUGCGAAUGUAAUGUCAUCUUUUCGCCUGGUUCGGCAGAGACAGGCAUGCCUCUAAUAACCGACUGUCUGCAUGUGGUGUGCGAUGAUUGCAUUCCGCGAUGGAAGCAUGCAGCUUCGAAAGUCACACAUUGUCCUAUCUGCAAGAAAUUCCAUAUUUGCCAGCCCGAGACCCAGCAUACCAAGGCAGCUGUAGCUGUGCAUACGGUAUUUCCGUCCAAGAUUAUGACUCUCUAUGAAGACAUACAAGCUCAUUGCAACGACAGUAAAUCUAUCGUCUUCUCAUUCUGGAAACGUUCACUGGAUAUGGUUGCUGCUCUUCUCACCGUGAACAACGUAUCGUUCGUACGUGUAGACGGAUCUGUGCCAUUCAACAAACGGAAGGCAAUAUUGAACGACUUCAAAUGCAGAAAUGAUAUAUCUGUUCUGCUGAUGACAUUCGGAACCGGAGCUGUUGGCCUUAACAGUCUUUCCAUUGCAAAUAGAGUACAUAUCUUAGCGCCUCAGUGGAAUCCCUCAGUUGAGCAUCAGGCUAUCGGACGUGUGGUAAGAUUGGGCCAGCAAAACCCAGUAACGAUUGUGCGCUACAUUGUGGACAAGACCGUCGAAGAGGUAGCAUUGGCCAUUGCUUAUAUCUUUCGUGAUUCAUAUUAA